GGGAGGGCCCACACUAGCAGCGUCGCGUCUCUUUCUCUUCUAACGUUCAAAUAUUCAAACGAGGAGCGGAUGGACAGAGGGGACGGAGGCUGGAUGAGGCACUAGACCACUAGUGCACUACGGAAACGCGAGAGAAGAGGCAGACGGCGGCGGCGGCCAUGGAUUUCCACUCCCUCUCCCGGCGAGAACUUCAGGCGCUCUGCAAGAGCAACGGCAUCCGUGCCAACAUGUCCAACGCGGCCAUGGCGGAAGCGCUUAGGUGCCUCCCCGCGGUGGACAGGAUCGACGAGAUCGGGAGCACGGCGCCACCGCCGGUAUCGGCGAUGAAGGAACAGACGCCGGAUGCGGAAGAGGCGGUCGGAGGGGAGCAGGAGCACGGGUGCCCGCUCCCUCGCGGCGGCCGUGCACGGGGGAAGAGAAGGAAGGCCGGGGCACGGAAGAGUAAGACGGAGGGGGAUGAGGAGGAGGUGAUGGUGCCGGGCCCACAGACCUUGCCGGGACCCAAGAUGACGGUGGCACGGGAGGCUGCUGCGGCACCUGUGGAUGAUGCGGAAGAGGCGGCCGUAGGAAUUAGGACGAGAAGGUCAGCGAGAUCCAAGGUGAAGGUCGCGCUGGAUCAGAAAGAGGAGGACGUACAAGCGGCGGCAGCCCGGAAGGAGCAGAAAGUUUCAGAUAAGAGCUGCGAGGAUUCAGAAGAGCAUGCAAUAGUAGUAGGUGUGGUGGAGGAAGAAGAGGUCAGAAAGCCACAGGAAGGUCAAAACGUGACGAGGAGAGCCGCGCCAUAUAAGACACAUGAGGAUUUGCAGCCGGAUCAGAGGACGGCGGAAGAGUUGUCCAUGGCAAAGAAAAGGACGAGAAGGUCCACAAGAUCCAAGGUAGCAGCGGCAGCACAGAAGGGGCAGAAAGCUGAUUCUUCUGACACAACCGUUGGACCUGAAAUUGAUCCUAAAUAUGAUGAAGUUGUUCCCAAGGUGGAGGAGGCCACAAAACCACAGGAAGGCAAGAAUGUCACUAAGAGGGCUACAGCUUAUAUUUACAAGGCACACGAGGAGGUGCAGACAGGCCAGGUGACAGCGGCACCCGAAGCUACGGCAGAAGAAGUGGCCACGACAAAGAGAAGGAGGAGGAGGUCAACAAGAUCCAAGGUGGGGGCGGCAGCACGGAAGGCUCAGAAAGAAUGUGCGGCUGAUACUUCUGAUGCAGUCAACGGGUCUACAGUAAGUGAUGAUCCUAAGGAAGAGCAAGUGGUUGAGGUGAUAGAGGAAGGGACAACAAAGCACAAUGAAGAAGAACGAGAGCAAAUUAACAACGUUCGGCAGUUUGCUUCCUUGCCAAAACUGGAGGACUCACCAAUCCUUGGCAUCGUGUCCAAGCCCAAUACAGCAGAUGCUUCAGACAAGGCACCGGUUGCACAUCAGGAGGCUAGCAAGGAAGAUCGUUUCACUUUCACUGGUGAGGCUGAUGUGUCCAAUCUUCUUGUCAACACACUUGACAGAUUUGCAAAGCCUGUGUAUGAGUCCAGAGUCAAAGAGGAGAAGAAAUGCAGUGAGUGUUGGUGGAUGCUUCUAUAAUUUACAAGAGGUGUAGGACCAGGUCCAGUCAGAACUGCCAAAAGUAUCAAAUUACAUGAGAUCAUGUAAUGUGUGGGUCAAAAACUCUAGAAUCAGGAUUGGAGAGAUGGUUUAAGACACGAAUCUAAGCAAAGAAAAGGAAAAGGAAAGAAUCCUGAGAGUGUAAACAGAUGGUUUAUACUGGAGCAUGAGGCAGACAUGUAAGGCCACUGUGGACACCACCUCCGGCAUGGUUUACAUGAUAUUAAUUGACACCACCUCCGGCAUGGUCUUCGCCAUGAGGUCUGACAUUGUUUUGAAUGAAGUGGACAGUUUGUCUAGCUAAUUAAAAGUAAAAUUUUCUUGAA